AUAUUUAUCAUUUUUCCUACACUUCUCUUGUCUAGUUACAUACUGAUAUUUAGAUCAUGGUAGACCUCGGGUUGUUACUAUCAUGGUUUCCUUAUAUCUUCCUCCUCUUCUUCACCAUCCUCUUCUUUUUCUAUAACAAGUGUUCAUCAUCUUCGACUUCUAUAUUGCCAAAAUCAUACCCGUUAAUAGGUUCUACUUUCGCUCUUCUUGCGAAUAGAGACCGACACAAUCAGUGGGCAACGGAGAUUCUUACUGUAUGCCCAACAAAUACCUACGUGCUUCGAUAUUUCGGUGGCUGUAUGGUUUUCACUGCUUAUCCUGAAAAUGUUAAACAUAUUGUCAAGUCUCACUUCUCUAACUACCCAAAAGGUGGAGUGCUGAAAGACAUCCUCAGUGAUUUCUUUGGCAAGGGGAUAGUCACUGCAGAUGGUGAUAGCUGGAAGUUUCAGAGACAAAUACUAAGUCAUGAAUUCAACCCCAUGUCUCUUCGUAAGUAUGUCGAAGAAGUUGUUAAGGUUGAGAUAUUCGACCGAUUGAUUCCUGUUCUCUUAAUGACAGCUGAAAAGAAUUCUGAGCUUGAUCUUCAAGAUAUCCUCCUACGGUUUGCUUUCGAUAACAUUUGCAAGAUUUCGUUUGGGUAUGAUCCAAGCUAUCUUUCACCAUCACUCGAAAAAAAAGAAUUUGCAGUAGCAUUCGAAGACGCUAACAGGAUAACCGGUGAACGUAUCGGUCAGGCUAUUCCUUUAGCUUGGAAACUUGAGCGAUUUCUCAACAUAGGAUCAGGAAAGAUCCUUAAACAAGCGACCAUAACGAUUCGGGAAUUUUUAAGAAAAAUUAUAAGGCAAAAGAAACUCAAACUGAAGAAGAUAUCUUCUUUAGAGACUAAUGAUGAUCUCUUAUCAAGGAUUAUUAAGGACUAUAAUUUAGAUGAAGAUUUUUUAAUUGAUAUUGCCAUAAAUUUCAUUCUCGGAGGUCAAGAUACCACUUCAGCAGCCUUGACAUGGUUUUUCUGGUUGGUUUCUUCCAAUCCCGGUGUAGAGAAAGAAAUACUAAAGGAGAUAAACCAAAUAGCUGAAGAACCUGGUUAUGACGAUAUCAAAGACAUGGUUUAUAUUCAUGCCUCACUUUGUGAGAGCAUGAGGUUGUACCCGCCAGUACCAGUCGAAAGUAAAGAAGCAGCAAGUGAUGACAUUUUACCUGACGGAACCAUUAUAAAGAAAGGGAUGAUGGUCCUGUAUUCUUCUUAUGCGAUGGGUAGGAUGGCAAAUUUGUGGGGUUCGGAUUGGAAUGAAUUUAAGCCAGAGAGAUGGUUAGAGAGAGAUAACGUUACUGGAAAAUUAAGCUUCGUGGGGAAGGAUUCUUAUACGUACCCUAUAUUUCACGCAGGUCCAAGGAUUUGUUUGGGUAAAGAGAUGGCAUUCUUGCAAAUGAAGAUGAUAGCAGUAGAAGUUUUACGUCGAUUCCUGGUGGUUCCAAUUGCAAACGGGAUAGAUUUCGCACCCGUGUUCGUUUCGCAUGUGAUUUCGCAAAUGAAAGGUGGCUUCCUAGUUAAGAUUAAAAAGAGAACCUCAUAAUACUCUUUGUUCUUUUAUUAUAGCUUGUAUUUUAUUGAUAUAUUACUCUUUAUUCUAAUAUUACAGUUUGCAUUUUAUUGAUGAUUUUUAAAUGA